AUGGGACCGCAGGGAAAUAGUGAAGAGGAAAGUGGAGAAAACACCCACAUCCUCCUGUGCACGGAUGCCCCUGCCUCCUUUCUUUUCCUCCCGUUCCCACCUGCCCAGCUGGAGCAAGCUCUCACACCGCCUCUUAUGAGAGAUGACCGCACUCACGAGAGGGCUCCUGUGCUCCCUGACUGUACUCAUGAGAGGGCUCCUGUGCUCCCUGACCGCACUCAUGAGAGGGCUCCUGUGCUCCCUGACCGCACUCACGAGAGGGCUCCAGUGCUCCCUGACCUCACUCAUGAGAGGGCUCCUGUGCUCCCUGACCGCACUCACGAGAGGGCUCCAGUGCUCCCUGACCGCACUCACGAGAGGGCUCCAGUGCUCCCUGACCGCACUCACGAGAGGGCUCCAGUGCUCCCUGACCUCACUCAUGAGAGGGCUCCAGUGCUCCCUGACUGCACUCAUGAGAGGGCUCCAGUGCUCCCUGACUGUACUCAUGAGAGGGCUCCAGUGCUCCCUGACCACACUCACGAGAGGGCUCCAGUGCUCCCUGACUGCACUCAUGAGAGGGCUCCAGUGCUCCCUGACUGUACUCACGAGAGGGCUCCAGUGCUCCCUGACCGCACUCAUGAGAGGGCUCCAGUGCUCCCUGACCUCACUCAUGUGAGGGCUCCAGUGCUCCCUGACCACACUAACGUGAGGGCUCCAGUGCUCCCUGACCGCACUCAUGCGAGGGCUCCAGUGCUCCCUGACCUCACUCAUGAGAGGGCUCCAGUGCUCCCUGACCUCACUCAUGAGAGGGCUCCAGUGCUCCCUGACUGCACUCAUGAGAGGGCUCCAGUGCUCCCUGACCUCACUCAUGAGAGGGCUCCAGUGCUCCCUGACCACACUCAUGAGAGGGCUCCAGUGCUCCCUGACCACACUAACGUGAGGGCUCCAGUGCUCCCUGACCUCACUCAUGAGAGGGCUCCAGUGCUCCCUGACUGCACUCAUGAGAGGGCUCCAGUGCUCCCUGACCACACUCAUGAGAGGGCUCCAGUGCUCCCUGACCUCACUCAUGAGAGGGCUCCAGUGCUCCCUGACUGCACUCAUGAGAGGGCUCCAGUGCUCCCUGACCGCACUCAUGAGAGGGCUCCAGUGCUCCCUGACUGUACUCAUGAGAGGGCUCCUGUGCUCCCUGACAGACCCGAGGAAGGCAGUGCACAGGUUAGACCAGCCACAAGUGAAAGGAGAACGGGUUUUCAUGAUGACAGUCACCUAAGCAGAAAGAAGCCCCAAAGAGAAACUUAG